GUAAUCUGAAAGGUCAAAGUUCGCCUUGCAGCUGACCCAGUAAAGUAAAACCAAGUAACUGUACUGUUGCGACUGCAAGGGACAAAUGGCUCUUUCUGAAAGUGUACAGAACUCUUCUUUGCUAGGAAGACCGACGUUCUGUGUUAUCACCGGAGCUAGUCGGGGUCUGGGCCGUUCGUUGGCGGUGGAGUUGUCGGGCCGCCUGGGGGAGGGGUCCCGCCUGGUGCUCACGGCCAGGUCGCUGUCCGGACUAGAACAGACCCAGGCCUUGGUAAAGAAUAAGACGACAGCGGUAAGCGUCAAGUUGGUUAGUGGUGACCUGGAAGACUCCGACAGAUAUCAGGACUUAUUUCAGGGGAUUUUCAGCGACAUUACUUCAGGUGCAUUCCAACAUGCCUUGCUGAUCCACAAUGCCUCCACACUGGGAGAUGUUAGUAAGAGGGUAGUAGAGCACAGUGAUGCUGAGGUUCUACAGAAGUAUUUCACCAUGAACGUGACCUCUGCCAUCACUCUCACAGCAAAAUUCCUACAGAUAUUUCCCAGUAGUGGCAUGACCAGGACAGUGAUAAACAUCACCUCCAGUGCAGGCUUCACUCCAAUCAAGACCAACUCUCUAUACUGUAGUGGUAAAGCAGCAAGGGACAUCAUGUUCAAGGUGCUGGCAGAAGAGUCGCCAGACGUUCGUGUGCUGUCCUUCUCACCGGGUGCCAUGGACACGGAGAUGUUUGACUACUACAGAACGCACGUGGGAGACCCUGAGGUCAGGGCACUGUUGUGCCAGCUAGCAGAGAACGGCAAACUCCUGAAGCCGGAUUUCUCCGCACAGAAACUGAUCCAAAUACUGGAGGAAAAUUCCUUCAAGUCUGGUGCCGUACUCGAUGUCUUAGAUAGAUUUGAACACUGA